CCGGAUCCAACUAUCUACCAGCGAUGUCCACAAAUCCAACGAGCGAGGAUGUGACACCGAAUCAACUCAUUGAAAGUCCCAACAUGGUCCUUGCAUUCACCUUGUUUCCAAAUCUGCCAGUAGAGCUCCGCCUCAAGAUCUGGAAAGAAGCGGCCCAUAUCACGCGCAAUGUGGAUAUCUGGAUUAGAAGGGCAAAGCUUAUUAGCGAUGACUGGCUAGUCCCAAAUCUAGACCACCUCGGCUACCCAAGGUCCUAUUUCUACUUUAUCUCGGCGUCUCCCAUCCCCUCUAUCCUCCACGUCUCUCACGAAUCGCGGAGCGAAGCUCUCAUACACUACCAACUUGACUUCGCAACAAGCCGGGAAAUCCACAGAUCCAUAACCUCGAUAAAUGAUAAGCGACGCGACCAAUCCUUUGAGGCGCACACCUACAUCAACUGGAAAGUGGACAGAGUUUGUUUCAUGAACAUUUCGAGAGGUAACCGCGCGGCAAUGGAUACAUUCAUGGCUAAGUGCCUGGACAACAAAGUUCGGACCACGGCACUUGGUGUACAGAUGGCAGUGACUAGCCAGCCCAAUGGUGAUAUAGCGUUCCUGAACUGGAUGUACAAUCUUCGGGCAAACUGGCCCCUGAAGCACAUGAUGAGGUUGAGGAAUCUUCUCCAUGGUAGCCUUGAAGAGCUCAUUCUCUUUCAUUCUUUCGAACAAGGAGCGGUUUCCCUUCCGUGGAAGGUACCAGCGGAGCAAGAUCAAAGGUUUCUGCGUGAUGGAGCGUCAACGAUCGAUCUCAAGGAUACCUUUGCGGGUAUCUAGGACAGAUUUACCGAGUACGAUCGAUAGUAGAGGAAAACAAACGGAAGCUUCAGAACGCCCAGGUUGAUGAACAGGCUUGGAUCUGCGCGCAGAUGCUGGAGGCGGAUGCCAGUGAAUCGACGAGGAACAGCCAGCGAGUACAGACGAAGACUCACAUACUUUGGCUAUUCGUGUCCUUGAUGUGCGAAUUAAAAGUUUCAGAAAAAUUGAGAAUUGGCCUUAGGGAAGGUAAUGUAAGCUUUACUUGCAAUAGGGGUUAGGCAUGGCGCCUUCAGUGUGUUCGGUAGCGAAG